GUAGCUGGGUAGGUAGCUGACAUAAGGUUUAUGGAUGGGCCAUAAAUACAGGCCCACAGCAGAACAUGCAGCAGAUCCGCUGUCAACUCCAGCCGCUUCGCUGAGAUACAAUGGAAAUUUCUAUCCAACAUCCCUGGUACCGCCGGCCCUGGUUCCCAGGCUACUUCCCUUAUCGAAUUUAUGACCAGUAUUUCGGAGAGCACCUACCCGACAGUGACCUUUUUUCACCUUUCUACAUGUUUUACUAUCGACCUUAUUUCUGGCGUUUUCCAAACUGGUGGGACAGUGGCAUGUCAGAGAUGAGAAUGGAUAGAGAUCGGUUUGUAAUCAACCUGGAUGUGAAGCACUUCUCUCCAGACGAACUGAUGGUCAAGAUCAAUGAUGAUUUUAUUGAGAUUUAUGGGAAACAUGACGAACGGCAGGAUGAGCAUGGUGCUGUGGCAAGAGAGUUUUACAGGAAGUGCAAGAUCCCCGCUGGUGUAGAUCCAGGUGCCAUCACCGCUUCUCUGUCCUCUGAUGGUGUGCUGACCAUCUGCACACCACGCCACAUGCUGGACAUCCCUGAACGCAACAUCUCCAUCACCUGUGGAGAGAAGCCACCAGCGCAGAAGUAAACAUGUUGACAGCUGCACCUCUGCCAAUCAUCUCCAAACAAAACCCACCACUGAGAGAAUCAUCUACUGUAUUAAGACCAUGUGCAUUCAUGUAACACAGUAAUAUAACCAGAAAUACACCUGUCCAUUGUGAACAAUACAAUAUCAUGCAAAAUGCGCAGUAAGUCAGUGCUUUAGGUCAGUGAAUGCAGGUUGUCAUUGGAGCUGGGUUUGGUUUGUUAUAUUUAUGGCCUACAUUUGGACGUUGCAUGUAAUUAUGUGGUUGACUUGGGUUAUGAUUGUAACUUCGGCUUUGAGAGCAAGCAGUAUUGACGUGGGAUGUUGUGCAGCACUGGCCUCUGCUUUUGAAGUUAAUAAAUCCCCAGGUCAAAAUAAAUAAAAAUAAAU